AGACCGGAAGUCCUUUGCCCGGAGGUUCCGGGUUUCCUGGGCUACUACGAUGGCGAUGAGUUUCGAGUGGCCGUGGCAAUAUCGCUUCCCGCCCUUCUUUACGUUACAGCCGAACGUGGACACUCGGCAGAAGCAGCUGGCCGCCUGGUGCUCGCUGGUCCUAUCCUUCUGCCGCCUGCACAAACAGUCCAGCAUGACGGUGAUGGAAGCCCAGGAGAGCCCGCUCUUCAACAACGUGAAGCUACAGCGGAAGCUCCCUGUGGAAUCAAUCCAGAUUGUAUUAGAGGAACUGAGGAAGAAAGGGAACCUGGAGUGGUUGGAUAAGAACAAGUCUAGUUUCCUGAUCAUGUGGCGGAGACCAGAAGAAUGGGGGAAACUCAUCUAUCAGUGGGUUUCCAGGAGUGGCCAGAACAACUCUGUGUUCACCCUGUAUGAACUGACCAAUGGGGAAGACACGGAGAAUGAGGAGUUCCAUGGGCUGGAUGAGGCAACCCUACUGCGGGCUCUUCAGGCCCUACAGCAGGAGCACAAGGCGGAGAUCAUCACCAUCAGCGACGGCCGAGGCGUCAAGUUCUUCUAGCAGAGACCUGUUUCCUUCACGCCUUACCUCCCACCCUUCCAGGGCUUUCAAAAGGAGACAGACCCAGUGUCCCCGCAGACUGGAUCUGUGACUCCACCAGACUCAAAAGGGCUUCAGUCCAGGGAUGGGUUUCCCACUUACCCCAUGUGUCUGUCCCUGGGAUAGGGAGAGGCUGAGGCGCCACUGGGAAAAGACGUGCUUCUCCUUGCCCUAUCUUAUGUCCUUGAUUGUCCCUGAGGCAGGGUCUGUAAACCCAGCACUUUACAUGCGUUCACACAUGUAAGUAUACACACACACACACACACACACACACACGCCUACACAAGCUUCUGUCUCUUCCCCCUCCCACCCCUUUAGCUUCUGUUGCCUCCCCUCUCAGGCUGGUGCUGGAUCCUUUCCAGGGGAUGGUGGAAGCCCUGGCUGCAGGCAGCCUUCCAGGCAAUGUGAAGAUAGGAGGCCCAAGAAGGAGCAGGGCAGUGAGAGGCGGGGCCAGACAGUGAUUUAUGAUAUUAAAAAGCUCAA